AUGGAACUGGAGGCACUUCAGAAGAAUUUGGACGCAAAACUCAAGCUUUUGGCGUACAAGCAAGAAAAGGGAAAGGGCAUUGUGGACAAGGCAAACGCGACAACUAUUGGGAGACACCGUGACGGGUUGGUGUGUUUAGCAAAAGAAGCGGACGAGGUCAAAUUAAAGAUCGAAGAGAAGAAGAUUGCAAAGGGUGAGCAAAUGGACGAGGUAUGUGCAUGGAGCAAUGAAAUAGACAAAGUUAUUGAGGGUGUAGACGCGGAGAUCGAAUACCUUGGGAAGUGUUUGGGGGAGGUGAAGAAAAAAUCGCAAAUGGCCGAAAAAGAAAGCGAGAAAGCGACAAUCGCGAAGGAGAGAGAGGAGCAACUCGCGUUUGAAAAAGCACAAUGGGAAAUGAAGCUUGAUUACGAAAAAAAAUCAGAAGAAUUAGGUAGCAAAAAAGGGAAAGGGUUAUCAGGCGAUACCGGAAUGCACGCAAAGUUGCCAAAGCUAUCAAUAACGAAGUUUGAUGGGUCCUUCGAACAAUGGCUCUCUUUUUGGAAUAAAUUUUCCGCGGAAAUAGACGCGACGGAUCUGUCAGCAGUGACAAAGUUCGCUUAUCUAAAGGAACUCCUUGUUACAAAGGUACGAGCGGACAUAGAUGGACUCCCGUUCAAUCUUGAGGGGUACGAAAGGGCGAAGGCCAUCCUAAAAUCGGAGUACGGGAAAACGUCAGAAAUUGUAAAUGCAUAUGUAAACAACAUCAUGGGUUUGCCUACCAUCACAAGCGCCAGUCCAAAAGAAAUUAAUGAGUUUUACAAAAGGCUUCUGUUCAAUGUACAAAGCUUAGAGACGCUCGGGAAGUUACGUGAAGUCUCCGGAAAUGUGAGGGCGGUGUUAGACAAACUGAAAGGAAUAAAGGGAGACUUAGUCCGGGGACACGAAGAUUGGCGAGACUGGGAUUUCGCUAAACUGAUUCAGGCAAUUAAAGGUUGGAGAGACAUAAAUUCAGAAGGAGAAGAAAGCGAUGGUGGGAGUGUGUCCAAGAGGAAGAAUGAUCGCAACGACUGGAAUACCCGCGUUCCGCCGCCACGCGGAAGGUCUUAUCAGGUCCAACAACAAGCAAAUGGAGGACAGAUGCGCGGAUGCGUCUAUUGCGAUGACACGAACCACACAUCCGCUAAUUGCACCAAAGUUGUCGCGGUCGGAGACCGCAAACGAAUUCUGAGCCAAAAACAGUUGUGUUUUAAUUGUACAAGUGACAAACACAGAGCAGACAGCUGUAGAAGCCGCGGGUGUCAUAACUGUCAACGCCGACAUCACACGUCAAUAUGUGAUCGCCCACCAAGCGGUCACACAACGAGGGGAAGAUUUAUGACGGCACAAAACAAAGGAACAGAGAGAGUCGUGUAUCCCGUUGUUGUCGUGGAAGUAAAUGGAAUCAAAUGCCGCGCACUCCUAGACACUGGGGCAGGCAGCUCAUACGCGUCGUCAGCUAUCCUUGAACACCUGGGAAACAAACCGCUACGAGAAGAAUUCAAGCGCAUAGAGAUGAUGCUUGGGUCAACAAACAAGGUCAUCGGAGUUCAUAGCGUGACGAUUGGCAGCCUUGAUGGAAAAUUUCGAUUGGAAACGGAAGUCACCAGAGUGGACCGUAGUACAUUGCUAUCACUUGACAACCCAGGAUAUGCUGGGAUACUGGAGAAAUAUCCCUACUUGGAUGGGGUAUACAUGGACGACAGAGACGAGAAGCCUGAGCUACCAGUCCACAUUAUCCUGGGUGCGAGCGAGUACGCGAAAAUAAAGACAGAAACCAUACCAAAGAUCGGACGUGCCGGCGAACCUGUUGCAGAGCUAACAAAGUUCGGAUGGACAAUUAUGUCACCAGGUAAAGAAGUUGACCUCUCUAAUAUGUUCUUGACCCAGACGACAGCGGCAGAUUACGAACAACUAUGCAAAUUAGAUGUUCUAGGAUUGCGUGACACACCAGGCGGAGAUCAAGCAGAUGUUUAUGAAGAAUUCAAGGAACAAUUAACACGAGGGCCAGAGGGAUGGUACGAGACGGGGCUACCCUGGAGGGGAAACCACCCUCCACUGCCCAACCACAGAGCGGGAAGCUUGAAGCGAUUGGAAAGUACCAUUCGGAAACUGGAGAAGAACGGAAUACUCCAGAAGUAUGACGCCAUAAUUAAAGACCAGCUUAACGAAGGAACAGUGGAGCGAGUGUCAGGCCCACCAGUGGGAAAGGAGUUCUAUAUUCCACAUAAAGCAGUGGUGAGAGAAGCUGCAGAGAGUACCAAACUUCGAAUCGUGUACGACGCCUCUGCCCGAGCUUCAGAGAAGGCUCCUUCUCUCAACGAGUGCCUUCACGCGGGACCUCCGUUGCAGAACAAGCUUUGGGCUGUUCUUGUCCGUGCACGUUUCCACCCAGUCGCGUUAACAGGUGAUAUCAAGCAAGCGUUCUUACAAGCGAGUGGAAAUACUGAGAUUCACGAGAGCUCUGUUUGGUUUGGCCCCAUCGCCCUUUCUUCUUGGGGAGUUAUCAAACAACACCUGGAAGCCUGUCGUACCGAGAAUCCGGACCUGGUGAGGGAAAUAGAGAAGAGUCUAUACGUCGAUGACCUUAUCAGCGGGGGACCCACCGUAAAAGCUGCCCUUGAAGUCAAAGCAGGCGUUACCCAUGUCUUUAACCAAGCCUCAUUCAAGCUGCACAAGUGGCAUUCAAAUGUUCCGGCAGUGGAGUCCCCUGGUGAUUCUCUUAGCGAAGAUACUACAUUCGCGAAAGAACAGUUGGGUGCACCUCAAGAAGGAGGGGGAUCUAUUCUCGGGCUUCCAUGGAACAAGCGACAAGAUACCAUUGAAAUAAAUUUCCCAACUGACCGCACCCAAGUGACAAAGAGAGGGAUACUAGCGAAGAUAGCAAGAGUGUAUGACUCGUUAGGGCUCGCAGCGCCUAUGACAUUGAGUGGAAAACUACUGUACCGAGACGCAUGUGAUUUGAAAGUCGGAUGGGAUGCUCAACUUCCUGGUCAACUGGGAACCAAGUGGUCAAGAUGGGAAGCACAGCUACCAGUGAGCAUUUCCGUACCCAGAGCCAUACCUCAACACUUUGAAGAGAUCAGCAACAUUGAGCUACAUUGUUUCGGCGACGCAAGCGGACAAGGCGUUUCUGCGGCAGUGUACGGUGUCAUAUCUCAACCAUCCGGUGAUAGUGUUGGGCUGAUAGCAGCCAAAGCUAGACUGGCGAAGCAAGGCCUCACCAUCCCCCGCCUCGAGUUGGUCUCCGGUCACAUGGCGACCAAUCUCAUUGUGAACGUUAAGGAAGCAUUAGAGGGUUUCCCAGUUGGAAAUAUGGUUUGCUGGUUGGACAGCAGCGUUGCGUUACAUUGGAUCAAGGGAGCAGGGAGUUACAAGCAGUUCGUAAGCAAUCGAGUGCAGAAAAUCCAGCAACACCCAGAAGUAAACUGGCGUCAUGUGGGUACAAAGGACAACCCAGCUGACCUUGGCAGUCGGAGCGGAAGCGUGGAAAAUGAAGAGCUAUGGUGGAGAGGGCCUGAGUGGCUACUAGACCGAGAGCGAUGGCCAGCCGAUAUUAAGACAACGGCCACACCAGACAGUCAGGCGGAAGCAAAAGUGAUACGGGACGUAUUCGCUGUAGCACAAGCUAAGACAGACAUUUGCUCUCCGAGACAAAUGGGGGGAGGGUGUCGGAAAAGUGACGUCAGCCGUGUAACCUCGCAACGCAAAACCAAGGGUGGUCUUUAG